AUGGCUUCUUCUUGUGUGACCUUGAAAGCCAAUGCCCACUUGGCAAACUCAGAGAAAGGCUACCUUUUUGGUCAGGAAAGUGUCUUUCUAGGGGAAAGAGUAAAAGUUAGCUUGAACAACAGUGCUUUUGGGAUGAAUCAGUUGGCUAAAUGUGCAAGAAGCCAGAAGAGGGUGAAACGUGGUGUUGCAUCUGCUAUUCUCACUUCAAACAAUGCCCAAGAAUCAGUGUCCUUGCAAGUGCCUUCGUUCCUGAGACGAAGGGCUGAUCCAAAAAAUGUUGUUUCCAUUAUAUUGGGUGGAGGACCUGGGAAACAACUUUUUCCCCUCACUAAACGUACUGCCACACCUGCGGUGCCGGUGGGUGGAUGCUACAGGCUUAUAGAUAUCCCUAUGAGCAACUGCAUCAACAGUGGCAUCAACAAAAUAUUCGUGCUGACCCAGUUCAACUCUGCAUCUCUCAACCGUCACAUCGCCCGGACAUAUUUUGGAAAUGGCAUCAAUUUUGGGGAUGGGAUUGUGGAGGUUCUGGCGGCUACUCAAACACCGGGAGAGGCUGGAAAGAAGUGGUUCCAAGGAACUGCAGAUGCUGUGAGGCAAUUCACUUGGGUAUUUGAGGAUGCCAAGAAUACAAACGUUGAGAAUGUAUUGAUCUUGGCUGGAGAUCAUCUAUAUCGAAUGGAUUACAUGGACCUUAUACAGAGUCACGUUGAUAGAAAUGCUGAUAUCACAGUUUCAUGUGCUGCUGUGGGUAACAGUCGUGCAUCAGAUUAUGGAUUGGUUAAAGUAGAUGAUAGAGGCCGUAUCAUUCAAUUUUCAGAAAAACCAAAGGGUGAUGAUAUGCAAGCUAUGCAAGCCGAUACCUCUCUUCUUGGGUUGUCGCCCCCAGAUGCAUUAAAGUCACCAUAUAUUGCAUCUAUGGGGGUUUAUGUAUUCAAGACGGAUGUUUUACUCAAUCUUCUGAAAUGGAGAUAUCCUACCUCCAAUGACUUCGGAUCUGAAAUCAUUCCUGCAGCUGUGAGAGAUCACAAUGUCCAAUCGUAUUUUUUCAGAGACUAUUGGGAAGACAUUGGAACCAUAAAAUCCUUUUAUGAUGCUAACUUGGCUCUUACUGAAGAGAGUCACGAGUUCGAAUUUUAUGAUCCAAAGACUCCCAUUUACACAUCUCCAGGAUUCCUACCACCAACUAAGAUUGACAAAUGCCGGAUUGCGGAUGCCAUUAUCUCCCAUGGAUGUUUCCUGCGAGAAUGCAUAGUCCAACACUCCAUUGUUGGUGAACGUUCACGUUUGGAUUAUGGUGUUGAACUUCUGGACUCUGUGAUGAUGGGAGCGGACUAUUACCAAACCGAAUCCGAAAUUGCUUCUCUCCUGGCAGAGGGGAAGGUCCCAAUUGGGAUCGGAAGGAAUACCAAAAUUAGGAACUGCAUCAUUGACAAGAAUGCAAAAAUUGGGAAAGAUGUCAUCAUCAGGAACAAAGAUGGCGUUAAAGAAGCAGAUAGACCAGAAGAUGGAUUUUACAUUCGAUCAGGAAUCACCAUCAUAAUGGAGAAGGCAACAAUAGAAGAUGGCACUGUCAUAUAA